AUGUCUUACUCGGACGACGGCCUCACCAUUGCUAAUGCUCUAACCAACCACCAGGUCCUUGCAGUCAGUGACGGCUCGCUCAAACUAGGCCUCGGUACGUCAGCAUUCGUCAUCGAAGCUACCAACAAUCCAUACCGUAUCUCAGGUGCAAAUCAAGUUCCAGGGCCCAUACUCCCAGGAGACUCCCAUCGAUGUGAACUCGCCGGACUCUUCGCCAUUGUGCUUACCAUUCACUGUGUCUGCACCCACCACCAAAUCUCCCAUGGGUCUGCACGUAUCGCCUGUGACAACCAACAGGCCAUCCACCUUUUUGAUCCCGAAUACAUCCCAGACCCAAACCACCGACACUUUGAUCUUGUCUCAGCCAUUCUAUCCUACACCAGAUUGACUCCAAUCAUGUGGGAUGCCUUCCACGUCAAGGGCCACCAGGAUAACAAGUCUACUGCCACACAAACCCUCUCGAGAGCUGCUCAACUCAACAUUGACAUGGAUCGGAAAGCAAAGCAAUACUGGCGACACCUGUUCGUGCACAACCAUAAUCCUCCGUCCUUCGACCCUGCUUCCCUCCCCAUUCACGGUGAAGGAUGGCAACUAUGGCAGGGCGACCAGAAAGUCAUUAACCCAUCCGUCAACAAUCUAUACAGUAUCAUUCAAGACCCAAUAUCUCAAAACUGGUGGAUCCGCCAUAACCAUAUACCCCCUCAUCUCUCAACUGAACUAGACUGGUCUAGCUCAGCUGACGCCACAGCUAGACUUCCUCUCAGCAAACAGAAAUGGGCGUUGAAAUCUGCAUCUGCCAACUGUGGUGUGGGCACUACCCUGGUGGAAUGGGGAUAUCAACAAGAUGCCCAAUGCCCUCGAUGCGGCGAGCUUGAAUCUACUGCUCACGUUUUCCGUUGUAGGGGUGAAGGAGCUAAUGAAAUUUGGACAAAAGGCAUCCAUCAGCUGCAAGUUUACCUCGACAACAACAUGACAAACCCCCGCCUUUCCAGUCUCCUUGUCGAUUGUCUAUCCCGGUGGCGAAAUUUCCAACCAAUCUCACCAGACUCAUUUCAUCCGUCCACCAGAGAAUUGGUUCAACAACAACAUCUCAUAGGGUGGCAAAACCUUCUUGAGGGACUCCCUACCAAGCUAUGGCGACGUAUUCAACAUGAUUACUACUCUCAACAAGCUAUCCGUCGCUCUAGCCGCCGGUGGAUUCGAGGCCUCCUCCUCAAACUUCAUCACCUUGGCUACAGUAUGUGGAAACACCGCAAUGACGUCAAACACAAGACUAUUCGUCCUCGCCAUCAACGUGCCAGACUUCUCCUUGACCAAGAGAUUGUUACUGAAUACAUUAAAGGCACCACACAACUACUCCCAGGUGAUCACGGCAUGUUACGCCACAAUCUUGCUACACUGAUUGCUAAACCACCUUCCUUCAAAACGGCUUGGCUGCUCAAUAUUACUACAGCUCGACAACGAUAUCAACGCAUUCAACAACACGACGACUCCUUAUGCACCAUCUCUGAGAAUACUUCCCUCCUUCUACAGUGGAUGCGCGGCAUACCUCCUUGA